AAAACCAGAAAGCUAUUGAGAUGCUGUUCCAGUCCUUGGAGACACUGAAGGACAAAGCAGAGGAGCAGAACAUGUUGGCGGCAAAGGACAUGAAAUCUGCCUUGGGCAGCAAAGUCAGUUGCACCCAGUUUGAGGCGAGCAUGGAGCGGCUGGAUCAGAGGAUGCAGGAGAUGCAGGGCCAGGUGUUGGGACAGAAUGAACACUGGAACGAGGUGGAACAGCAGCUCAACAACAUGAUGGAAAACAAGCUGGAUCGCCUGGAGCUGAAGCCUUUCCAUAAGCAGAUGGAGAAGAUCUGGCAGAAGAGCAUCAAAGAGCUCGAGAAGAAGAUGACCGAGAGUGACAGCGCCGCUGGGCUGAGGAAGUGAGUGGGAUGGGGAUGGCAAUGGCUUUGGGGACAGCAAUGGUGCUGUUCCCUCCAGCUGUCCCAGACAGUGCCCACGUGGUACCCUGGCACUGCACUAAUUUAGCCACCAAAGGAACCGUGGUGAUGCUGAUGAAGCAGCUG